GUCAGAGUGAUGGAGCUCUGGAACCACACCUCCCUAUCGGACUUCCUCCUUUUGGGCCUGUUUAGCCAUUCACCACAUGACUUCUUCCUUUUCUCUCUUGUGCUUCUGGCCUCCACUGUUGCCUUGGCCAGCAACAUCCUCUUCCUCCUGCUCAUUCAGGCCGACAGGCGCCUGCACACCUCCAUGUACUUUUUUCUCAGCCAGCUCUCCAUCAUGGACCUGACCAUGACGGCCACAGUGGUGCCCAAGAUGGCAGCCAACUUUCUCUCUGGCCGUAAGUUCAUCUCUCGGGGCAGUUGUGCGGCUCAGGUCUUCCUAGUGGUCAUGGCGGGAGGAGCGGAGUGCUUCCUCAUGGCGGUCAUGGCCUACGACCGUUAUGUGGCGAUUUGCCACCCGCUGCGGUACCCUGUGCUCAUGAACUGGAAGGCCUGCUCUUUCCUGGCCUUGGCCUCCUGGAUGGGUGGGGUGGCCGACAGCGUGAUCGACGUGAGCGUGGUCUUCAGCUUCCCAUACUGCGGCUCUCUCCAGGUGGACCAUUUCUUCUGUGAGGUCCCUGCUCUGCUGCGUCUUUCUUGUGCCGACACCUCGCUCUUUGAGGACCUCGUCUAUGCUUGCUGCGUGGUCAUGCUGCUGCUACCCCUUGGGGUCAUUGUGGCUUCCUAUGCCUGGGUUCUUGCAGCUGUGAUUAGAAUGCCCUCCACCGAAGGGAAACACAAGGCUCUGACCACUUGCUCCUCCCACCUGGGUGUGGUGGGCCUCUACUAUGGGGGAGCAGUGCUUAGCUACCUGCCGCGGGCUUCUGCUAGAACUCCAGCAGGAGACCGAGCUACCUCCAUCUUCUACACCAUCGUCACCCCAAUGCUCAACCCACUCAUUUACAGCCUGAGGAACAGGGAUGUAGCGAGGGCCCUGAGGAAGGUGCUGGGGAGAUGGAGAGUGUAG